GUCAGGUGAAGACAUCAUACCACACAACCUCACUCCCUCCCAAUCAAUAAUAUUAUAUGGUAUAAGUGGCGUACUAUCUCACCUAUCGGCAUACCCGACUGAGCCAGCCUCACUGUGGUAUGUCCAAUAAUUUUGGUGGAGAACCAAUAUUUCCCAUUUACCAAGACAAGGCUGAAUGAGGGGCAGAUGGGCAUCUGCAUCUGCGACGGCAAUACCACAGCGAUUUCGGAGACUAGAACUUUCGACUCAAUCAUACUUCUUGCUCAUACUUCUUUUGUCAGAUAAUAUCUCUUAAUAUAUCAGCAGAUUGCAGAAACUACGCAUUAGCAUCCUAUCCAGUCGGGAAAAAAAAAAUUCCGACUCAUAAAAACCCGCAGCCUCGCCAUCCCCGUAGCUAUGGGUCAACCAACCUAUAUAAUCCUCGGCGGAGGAGUCAUCGGCCUCACCACAGCCCUAACCCUCCAAAAUCACUCCCCAAGCGCGCGCAUCUUGCUCCUCGCGCACCACCUCCCCGGCGACCUAGCACUCACAUAUGCCUCUCCCUGGGCGGGCGCGAACUGGCUAAGCGUGGCGACUGAUGGAGGGCGCGCAGAGGUGCGGGAUGCGGUUACGUUUGUUAAGUUUGGGGAGCUGGCGGAUGGGAGGCCCGAGGCGGGGGUGAAGAGGAUGCCGAUUCGGGCGAUGUUUGAUAAGGAGAGAGAGGAGGCGGGGGUGCUGAGUCCGGAUGGGAAGAUUUGGUACGAGGAGCUUGUGGGGGGGUUGAGGGAGGUAAAGGAGUUGCCUGAGGGGGUGAAGUUUGGGUAUGAGUUGGAUACUUUUGUGGUGGAUGUUACGACGUAUUUGCCUUGGCUUCUUACGGAGGCGAUUAAGGCUGGUGUAGAGGUUCGCCGAAAGGUAAUUGGGGACAUCAAGGAGGUGUUUGAGGAGUUUCCGGAAGCAGAGGGGUUCGUGAACUGCACAGGAAUAGGCAGCUAUAGCCUCAAGGGAGUCGAGGAUAAGGAACUUUACCCAACUAUGGGGCAAGUCAUACUCGUCGAGAGCCCGAAGACGCCAAUAGAGAAGAUGUACUUCCGCUCGCCACAACGGACGCACUCAGAUACCACCUACGUCUUCCCUCGUGGCAAGCAUGGAGGCGUCAUCCUAGGCGGCUGCAGACUGGAUGGCGUGUGGACGGGAGAAGUGAACCUUGAUCUCGCGGAAGACAUCAAGAGGCGCUGCUGUGAGCUUUGUCCCGAGCUGGGAAAGCCAGAGGAUUUGAAGGUCAUUAAGCAUGGUCUUGGGCUGAGGCCGAGCAGAAAGGGAGGGGCGAGGGUAGGGAGGGAGGCUAUGGAUGGGAGGACUGUCGUCCAUAGUUAUGGUGCUGGAGGUGCUGGGUACCAGGCCUCGUGGGGGACAGCGAAGGAAGCAGUUGACCUGCUUCUCCAACUUCGGCAGUCUAAUCUAUGAUGAGAACGCUGAAGGACAUUUUUCGUCAGGAUCGAACCUUGGAUUUGUUCGUUGAACCGACACGCAACAUACUGAAUUUGGGGCCAUUUGCGCAGUAUUAUACACUCCAUAUCAUG